CUAAUCAAUAUUGUUGUCCAGUUCACCUUCAAUUCCUGGGUGGUUUCCACUUUCGGUUGGAAAGCCUUGCUUUACCUCAUCAUUGGCACCUUGUUAGCCAUGGGUGUUCAUCCGGUCGCCGGGCAUUUUAUCUCGGAACAUUUUGUAUUUGACAAAACGUUCGAGACUUACUCGUACUAUGGCAUUCUGAACCUGGUCACAUUCAAUGUGGGUUAUCACGUGGAACAUCAUGACUUUCCAUAUAUUGCCGGUUCGCGCCUACCCAUGUUGCGCAAAAUAGCUCCGGAGUACUACGAAACCAUUCCACACCACGAUUCAUGGGUCAAAGUACUGUAUGACUUUGUAAUGUGCCCUGAUGUUGGCCCGUUUGCCCGGGUACGUCGUCAACGGAGCAAAACAAUGGGUAAAACCGUGACUAUCGAUACCCAAGACGAAGUCAUCUCCGAAUGA